UAUGUGACGCUGCUUCCUCUCAUCUGAUAGGAACGAAGACUCAGCGGCGGCGGCAACAGAAGCAGCAACCAUGUUAGCUAGGUUCGGCUACACGUCGUCAUGCAAACCAGCCAGCAGCAGCAGCUACUGCUGCAAGCCAUCAGCGACGAUGAACACCUGGAGGUGUCGGAGCGCGGUGAGUAGCAGGGGAGGAUCGACGGCCAUGGUGGCCGCCCGGCGGGAGGAGGAGGAGGAAUGGCGGAGGUAUCUGGCGCCGGAGAGGCUGGAGGUGCUGGCGCACCUGGAGCCGUGGGCUGAGGCGCACAUGCUGCCGCUGCUGAAGCCGGCGGACGAGGUGUGGCAGCCGUCGGACAUGCUCCCGGACGCGGCGGCGCUGGGCGCGGACGGGUUCCACGCUGCGUGCUUGGAUCUCCGCGCCAGGGCGGAGGGCGUGCCGGACGCGCAGCUGGUGUGCCUGGUGGGGAACAUGGUGACGGAGGAGGCGCUCCCCACGUACCAGAGCAUGUCGAACCGCUUCGAGGCCACCCGCGACACCACGGGCGCCGACGGCACCGCGUGGGCGCGGUGGAUCCGCGGCUGGUCCGCCGAGGAGAACCGGCACGGCGACGUGCUCAGCCGCUACAUGUCCCUGUCCGGCCGGCUGGACAUGCGGCAGGUGGAGCGCACGGUGCACCGCCUCAUCGCGUCCGGGAUGGCCAUGCACGCGCCGGCGUCGGCCUACCACGGCUUCGUCUACGUGGCCUUCCAGGAGCGCGCCACCUCCAUCUCCCACGGCAACACGGCGCGCCAGGUGGGCGCGCACGGGGACGUGGCGCUGGCGCGCAUCUGCGGCGCCAUCGCGGCCGACGAGAAGCGGCACGAGGCCGCGUACACCCGCGUGGUGGCAAAGAUCUUCGAGGUCGACCCGGACGCGGCCGUGCGCGCCAUGGCGUACAUGAUGCGGCGCAGGAUCACCAUGCCGGCCGCGCUCAUGGACGACGGGCGCGACGCCGACCUCUUCGCGCACUACGCGGCCGCCGCGCAGCAGGCCGGGGUGUACACGACGUCCGACUACCGCGGCAUCCUGGAGCACCUGAUCGGGCAGUGGCGGGUGGAGGAGCUGGCGGAGGGGCUGUCCGGCGAGGGGAGGCGCGCGCGGGACUACGUGUGCGCGCUGCCGGAGAAGAUCCGGAGGAUGGAAGAGAAGGCGCACGACAGGGCGGGCAGGGCGCGCAAGGAGCCCACGCCGGUCCCGUUUAGCUGGAUCUUCGAUAGGCCUGUCAGUGUCGUCAUGCCUUGAUUCCAACGGGCUCUCUCGACAUGCUGCUGGUCCAGCGAGUGAGACAGCUUUGGCCCAAUAAGCUACAGAAUAAGUUUGAAGGAAGGCGACAUCUUUUCUGUUUCUGUAGGACAAAGAUGGUUGACUUCUUCUUUUCCUGUCAGUGCUAUUUUUUCUUGAUUGGUGUGACAAGUUCUCUGUGUAGUGACUGUUAUUUUACUAUGUACAUAUGCAUAUAGUAUGUUUUUAA